AUGGGUAGAACAAAAAACCGCAAGGGAAACGUCCCAGUCAAAUCCAUGAAGGUUAAGAACCAGCAGAAGAAGCCCGAUGUCCCCUUGGAACGACGUUUCGAUUCGGAUGCCCACAUGGCCUCAGAGCCAACAUUGUCAACACUUGCGCAACUUGCAGCCGAAGCCUCAUCCAACGUUCAGGAAGAACCGUCGUCGUCCACGUCAACUAGGGAGAAAACCAAGGAACAGCUACGCCGCUACUAUGUCAAAUCUCUACAUAAAGUGAUCGACGAAAGCGACAUCAUUCUCCUUGUUCUUGACGCGAGAGAUCCUGAGGGAUGUAGGAGUCGUUUGGUGGAGGAAGAAGUGCGGAGGCGAGAGUCGGAAGGAAAGAAGCUGGUGUUUGUGCUGAACAAGAUUGCCUACAAACCCAAAACGCGCAGUGUGACAGUUGGAGUGGUUGGAUAUCCCAACGUUGGAAAGAGUAGCUUGAUCAACAGCUUGAAGCGUAGCAAGCCAGGCCAUACCAAGGAUCUUCAAUCUAUCCAACUCGAACGCGGUCUCCGCGUCAUCGACUCUCCUGGCGUCGUGUUCGAUGACGAUGCAUUCGACGAUGGAAAGGGUACGAAGAAGGGUAGCAUCUUGCUUCGCAAUGUGGUCAAGGUUGAAGACGUCGAGGAUCCGAUCGCAGUUGUGGAAGAGAUCCUCUUGAGAACGCCGCGCGAAACUAUCCAGAAAAUCUACAACCUCCCUGAAUUCGGAACACCCUUGGAAUUCCUGACAAUGCUCGCCUUGAGUUCGGGUCGCCUCCACAAGGGAGGCACACCGGAUCUUAACUCGGCGGCAAGACAAGUCCUUACAGAUUGGAACCAGCAGAAGAUACCCUACUUCUCUCAACCCCCCGAGAUCCACCCGUCUCUGAUUCCUUCAACGGUUCAUGGUGCCAGCACUGCAGAGGGCCCUGUAAUCGCUCCUGGUGCUGAACAAGUCGGACAAGCACAGAUCCUAGAAACUUUCUCGAAACCAUUCGAAUUGGACGGCUUGUUCACUGCUGCCGAUGCCGGAGCAUUCAAUCCAGGCUCCACCAACGACGUGCAGAUGGAUGCAGACAUGGAUCCAGGCGAGGGAGAGGUCUUUGUCGAUGCACCGGAGGAAAUGGAUCAGGACGGAACUGGAAUGGACGCUGAAGAACUCCCGCCCUUCAAAGGACCAAGAAAGCGCACGAGAUCGCCUUCACCUCCACCGGCCAAUGCGGCCGUCACGAUGUUCGAUGACGACUCCAGGCCCAGCUAUCACUAUCGCCAACCGAAACGUGUGCGAAGGAACAAGGAUAUCCCCGAGUAUCACGCUAAACCGGACGAUCAUGUCCUGCAAAGAAUGGGCAAGAGCAAUCCGCUGAACCGGAAAGCUUUGAAGCUGGAGAAGAAGAAAGCAAGGAAGCAGAUGAAGCUGCAGGCGCAGGCGGAGGCCGGCGAGUCGGGAGGGAUGCAGGUCGAUAAUGAGGACCUGUCCUUCACCUUCAUGGCAUAG